AUGCCUCGGGCAAAAUGGACCAAACAGUCCAGCGAACGAUACUGGCGACAGCGUCCGUCACGUCUGAUUUUACGCAGUACAAACCUACGUCAGCUGAAUGACACGAGAGCUGGACGCCGCGAUGAACGUUUACGUAAGCGUGCAACACGAAAAGAAGAAUUUCUGAGAGCGUUUAGAACCCCGAGUCACGCAAGGAGGACGAAAUCUGUAUUUACAGAGCUGGCCGAUGACCUACGAUUCUGGGCGGAACACAUGAGUUGGGCCUACUGUAGACGAUGUGGAUCUCUCCAGUCGAAGAAGCUUCUGCCGGGCUACUGGAAGCGUCCGAAGCCCACCACUUGUAGCUCAUACAGCUGCACCAGUAACCGAUACAAGGUACCACAUCCCAGCAAAGUCCCACCUGCUCUGCAGAAUCUCACAAUGGACGACAUUUAUGCUCUCCGUCCUUUUCGCGCAUUCUCUGGCCGAUACAAUCGCAUGAUGUUCGGCUAUAGAGUGCGCGAAGAGCCCUUUAAAAUCAAAUGGGCGCAGCAAGACGUUGAGACGAAAAUAGCAAACAUCAGGGAUCCUGUGUCCAGGAGACGCACCCGAGCUGCUUUUGAUUACCUGAUGAAGAAGACAGAUUGCUCAUAUAAGAAGUUUAUUCACAUGCACCGAAGUCACGUGCGCGAGCCGUGGAUAUUCGAAUUGUUCUCACAUGAAUACUUCCACGGAGUUGAGGCAGCGCUAUGGCCACACUUGUACUAUGAGAAUAACCUCUGUGAGUCUUUCCUGGAGGGCCAAGAAAGUCGCAAAGGGGCAAGGUUUCCUUUAUGA